UGGAUUAUAAUUUCAUAUUCUUUAGUUCUAUUCGUUGCAGGUUUCGUCCCAGUUUAUCUUUCAUAAAUUUCUUGAUUUUCUUAUCUAUGAUUAUGCUUGUGUUUAAACUGUUCAAUUCAUGCUAAUGAGUGAUAAAAGAUUCUUGCCGGCCUCAUCUCUUUUGAGAACAAAACUUAUUUUUUUGUUGCUACAUUUGCAGUUUCUGGUAACAAUUUUUUCUUCAGAAUCCACCUGUUUCGGAUUAUCAUGUCUUCGUUAACUUUGCCUUAGAAAUAGUAUCUUCUUUUCAUCUGAUGUGCAGAAUCCACGUUGAAACAUUGUAGAUUUUAUUUUUUUCAUUUUUGAAGGUGAGAUUCAUUUCGUCCAACGAAAAACAAUGCCUAGAGACACUAAGAAGGUUCUGAUGGUUCAACAUGCUUCGGGACUACUCGAUUUCGAAUCCAUCAGAAAAACCCUAAAGUCACUUAGCCCUAAUGACAAAAUCACUGUUCUUGCAAUUAUACAGAAGACAUCAGCCGAAGACGACAAUAAGAAAAACAAAGACAUUAAAGAGAAGCUAGAUGAAUAUUCAAACUGUUCAGAUAUUGCUGAGAUUAAGAUACUAGCUCAAGUGCAACAGGUGGAAUUUAAUGUAGCAGUUGAGGCGGGUUCGCUCAAUGAAGUUGCAGUCGAAUAUGCUAAGAAAUUCGGGGCAACACGCGUGCACCUUCCAUGGAGUUUCUCAAUCAUGCAAGCAGAAGAGCAAAAUCAAGAAAACUCCAGUCAUAAAUCCCUCGUAGAGAGACUAUUGCUCGAUAAGCUAGCAGAACUCGUUUCGUCUGGACCUCAGUUAUCAUCAACAAUGGCUGAUAGAGGAAAAGGUCACCCCAAAAUCCCACCACUUGCUGAUGAUCCCUCAGAGAAGAUUCGUGCUAGAAGGGAUUCUGGCUCAAGUUCAAGCGUUCUACCUCCACGAAAGUCACAUCAUUUCGGUCCUUUAAAAGGGGUGUUUCCCAGUAUCUCCUCGCCGAGCAAUGUCAACCAACCGGCCUUUGAUGAUGACCUAGAGGCCUCAGACACACCCCUCGGGAUGCUUCCCUAUCCUAUAUCUGAAGUUAUUGGCAUUGUCGGGAAGUUUUGGGUUCAGAAACACUCCGAGAAGUUGCAGGGGUUGGAAGACAGUCAGGUCAGGAAUGGAGCCCUUAGCUACAUGGUGAAGGCAUUGGUUUAUACCAUUGAAGACAACAACAGGACUUCUAAGCUUUUGGGCAAAACUGAAGGCUUAAUUGAUGAGAAUGCGAAGCUGCAAGAAAAGGUUGGUGAGAUGGAGGAUAAACUGAGUAUUCUGAAGAAUUUAAAAUCCAAAAUGCAGACUAGGCUGAAAAGACGUGAUGCUAGAAUUGUUAAGCUAAAGGCUAAGAUUACGGCCCCGGAGGAGGAAACUGAGAAGGCAAAAAAAGAAGCUACUGAGGCUAUAGAAAACUUUAAGGAAACAAAGGAGUAUAGAGCUUUGAGGGAAGAGUUGUACCAUCAAGGGGCUGAUGCCAUGAUUGAGUCGAUCACUGCAGCACGACCUGAUUACGACCUCAGCUUCUUAUACUCAUCUGAUGAGGAUGAGGACAAGAUAUCAACCGACGAAGAUCUUGAUCAGGAUUGGAAAACAGAAGAGAAUUGUUGAAAUGAGAGAUUUAUCCACCACGAAAUCACAUUAAUUCAGCACUUGUUUCUGUUUAUUUAUAAUUUAAAUGGUUUACAUUUACUUGUCGAACGAGCUUCUAGUUUCAUCGAAUAAAAAAUGAACGAUUAAA